AUGAAUAUCAUCGAGUGGGCUUUCGGUAAGCGCAUGACGCCGGCUGAGAGACUUCGCAAACAUCAGCGCGCACUCGAAAAGACACAGCGAGAACUCGACCGAGAGAGGGUCAAGCUUGAGAACCAAGAGAAGAAACUAGUGGCAGAUAUCAAGAAAAGCGCGAAGAAUGGCCAGAUUGGGGCUUGUAAGAUCCAGGCAAAGGACCUGGUCCGCACUCGGAGAUAUAUCCAGAAAUUCUACCAGAUGAGGACUCAGUUGCAGGCUAUCUCGCUGCGGAUACAGACCGUACGCAGUAAUGAGCAGAUGAUGCAAUCUAUGAAAGGGGCGACCAUGCUUCUGGGAAGUAUGAACAGGCAGAUGAACCUGCCUGCUCUUCAGAGAAUUGCAAUGGAAUUUGAGCGCGAAAACGACAUCAUGGAUCAGCGGCAGGAAAUGAUGGACGAUGCUAUCGAUGAUGUGACGGGCUUGGAGGACGAAGAAGAGGGUGAGGAAGUUGUCAACCAAGUUCUGGACGAAAUCGGGGUCGACCUUAACAAUGCGCUCGGCGAGACUCCUACUGGUAUACAAAAGGCCGCCGUCCCAGAAGGGCGAGUGGCUCAGGCCGUGGGCGGAGUUGCCGAAGACGACGAUCUGCAAGCCCGUCUUGACAGUCUGCGACGGUAG